AGUACAGACAGAGAAUUAGAUCCCCAAAUCCGUCUCUCAGCAAUGUUCAGUUCAAAAUCUAACUCUGUCUCUCCUUCGCCCUCAAUGGACCCUGCAGAUUCAGAUGCCUUGGAUAUCAGCACCAAAGUGCAGCUGUACGGUGUGCUCUGGAAGAGACCAUUUGGCAGGCCUUCAGCCAAAUGGUCCAGGAGAUUCUUUAUCAUCAAGGAGAGUUUUCUACUUUACUAUGCUGAGAAUGAAAAGAAGAACUUUGAAAACAAUCGCUACUUUAAUAUCCACCCUAAGGGUGUCAUACCUCUUGGAGGCUGUAUUGUAGAAGCCAAGGAUGAGCCCAAUAUGCCUUAUGCCAUGAAAAUUUCACAUGAAGAUUUCCAUGGGAACAUCGUCCUAGCAGCAGAAUCAGAAUAUGAACAAACCCAGUGGUUGGAGAUGCUACAGGAAUCUGGAAAAGUUACCUGGAGAAAUGCUCAGUUGGGAGAAGCCAUGAUCGAGAGCCUGGAAGCUCAGGGACUCCAGCUGGCCAAGGAGAAACAGGAGUAUUUAGAUAAACUUAUGGAAGAGACAGAGGAGCUGUGUCUGCAGAGGGAGCAGAAAGAGGCUUUGGAACGUCUCAACCAAGUCUUGGAAGCAGAGAAGCAGCAAUUUGAGGAAGUGGUGCAAGAUCUGCGGGUGGAACAAGAGCAGAUUAAACGGGAGCUGGAAAUGACAGCCCGGUCUCUCAGAGGAGUGGAGGAGGAAAAGAAAGGGCUCCGAAGUCUGACAGAAACAUUGCAAAAAUCAUUGGAAGAACUCUCCCUGGAAAAACAGCGAACUCUGGAAAUGCUGGAAGAGAAUGAAAAUCAGGUGCCACCCCCAACUAGCCCGAGUGAGCAACCUGAUGCUACAGGGGGUCUGCACAGCAGCUUGCACCACAUUGAAGAAAAAAUGCACCAGCUGCUGGAGGAGAAGCUCUUGGCAGAGAAAAGAAUGAAGGAGAAUGAAGAACGUUCCCGAGCUCUAGAGGAAGAGCGAGAAUUCUAUUCUUCCCAAUCACAGGCCUUGCAGAACUCACUCUCCGAACUGACAGCUGAGAAGCAGAAGACUGAGAGGGACCUCAAGGCAGAGGUCAAGGUUCGGAUGGACCUGGAAAAACGUUUGCAAGAGGCUGAAGAGGCACUACAGAGUCUGGAGCAAGGUCUGAAUUGUAAACAUCGGAACAAAGAGAAGGAGGAAAAAAUGAAAGCAGAUGUCAGCAAUCUGAAAAAAUUCUUUGAGGAGUGCAUCCGGAAUGCCGAGUUGGAAGCCAAGAUGCCAGUCAUCAUGAAGAAUUCUGUGUAUCUCCACAAGGCUGCAACCCGCAGGAUAAAAAGCUGCCGCUUUCACCGCAGGACAUCCAGCAAUUCAUGGAAUGACUUGCGGCAGUCACAAUCAUUCAUGUACUCAGAGGCUGAAAACAUAGAAGAUCUGAAGCAAGCUGCCAAGAGGUUGAGCCAGGACCAGCAUUUCCGGGAAGCCAUCUAUCAGAUUAUGAUUUCACGUCAAGGUUCCUCUUCAGGCAACAAAAAGUGAACCUUUCUUCCUCCUGUCUGAAUAGAGAGUCUAAUCCCAGCUUGCUAUCAUUCCACUCAGCACAGGCCAAUGACUCUCUGUGCCUGGAAGCAAAAGUACACUCUUUCCAAGUGGUGAGGAAUAAACAGAUCAUUCCCCACUGGCGAGAGCUGUGGUUCAACUACUAUUUCCAGGAGAUGAGCGGUUUCUUCUGGCAGGCUGUGGUUGAACUACCAUCACAUCAGCUAACACAUUUAGACAUGCUUUGUCAGGAUUCGUCAGGGUCAAAGUGACAGUGAGCCACAGAGCUUGGCUAAUUCCAAUCCAAUCCCCUCCAUAUGUGUUCGAUGACAAUUAUCAUCAUCCACAGACUGCAUGGGAACUUGAUUCUCUGAGGAUUAUGGGAGUCGCCAUGUAACAGAUUUGGAGGCCAGAUUGGGAGAGGCUGAUUUUAGAGAAUGCCCAAUUUAACCUUUCAUCCCAGAAGCAGAUACCAGUGCUACUGGCCAACUGAUAUCUUUCUGGGGCAGAUAGCCAACCAUACAAGAUGCAAAUCAUCUGUAGUGUGCUGAGGAAAGCAAUACUCCUGCUCUUGUUUCCUGGGUUUCUUACCAGACAUGUCUGUAAAAU